GACAUGGUUUAGUUCAGUCAGAGCAGUCAGAUGGAUCUGGGUCGAUUCCUCGUUCGUGUUCUGAUGCUUUGCCUGAUCGGAACAACGAGUCCGUCCAGCGACGGGAGUUGUUCGUGUUCAGAAAUUCCAAAAAUGGCUUUAACUAACCCCCCAGAAGAGACCUGCAACGGGACGGCCAAUAAAUUUCGCUACGUUUGUGUUCAGGGUUAUGUCAGGAAAGCUGGAACCUCAAAUCUCCUCAAGUGCCAGAGUGGACAGUGGGCCUCAUCCCCAGACCUCAGUUGUAUACCUGACCCGAAAGCAACAAACAAACCUGCAAACAGCUCAGCUCAACCAAACAUCACAACUCAAGCACCACUUAGCCUCGAUGAAAGCAAGUUGGUUUGGAUGUUCAGGAACUACACAGAAACCACCAAGGCUCAUUUACUGCCAACUGGAAACUGUUGGAACAUCGGUGUCACCGUCCAAAGUGAAGCCAGUUUUCCAUUUAUCUAG